AUGGAGAGCAGUGUGCUGUAUUGUGCCGUUCUAUAUUCCUGAUUAAAAAAAAAAAAUCUAUUGAAAGGUAGCGUAGGAAGCAGCAGUGCUCGCUGAUAAUUACUAAAGCUGAGAAUGCCUUCAAGCUCCCAUUUUGACGAGCUGCUGAUUGCUGCUCCUAUGAGCUGAUCUGAGAAGAUGGAAUGCAGGCUGAUAAUGCUGCAUGUCCUUUAUCAGGCGGUGGAGUAGGUUUUUGUCUUGUAAAGGCAAGGGUUCCCCCUGCAUCGUUAUCUGCACGGCUCAAUACUAGCUGUGUUCCCAGAGAAAGCUCAGUGACCCAAAAGAAGGGUGUCGCCCUUUAGAGAGCUGGCUUUUUUAAACAAGCCGACAGUAGCAGCAGUGUAGUAACAAGGUGUAUUGCUGCUGGGCUGUGUGCUGCAUGCCGCAUCCCCCCAUCUCAGGUUUACAAGACCCUAACUGAGCAGAAUCAUUCUUGCCUUUGGACUCAGGCAUCCAAUACCACUGCUGCACAGCUGAUACAGGAGCCACUUGGAUUUGCCCAAAGGCGAAACAACUCACAGAGCUGACAGAAACCUUGUGCUGCGUCUUCAUCCAAACUCACCUCCCUCCUAGCUGCAGUGCACUCGCCCCAAGCGCUCAGACAACUGCACCUGCUCGGCAAACUGAAGACAUUUAAACUUGCAGCUUCAAGAUGAAUACAGAUAGCGGUGGAUGUGCUCGCAAACGUGCCGCAAUGUCUGUUACACUAACAGCUGUGAAGAGAGUACAGAGUUCUCCAAAUCUUUUGGCUUCAGGUCAAGAUUCUUAUCCAUUGGAUUCAGAUGUCUGGAGGUCAUAUAAUGAUACCCUCAAAGAUGGUCUCAAUGGUGACUCGGGUGGUUCUUCCCUUGCAGCCAAAGGUUUUAGAAGUGUCCGGCCAAACUUGCAAGAAAAGAAAUCACCGACCCAGGUACCUCUGCCUCCUCCAAGGAAAGGAAGCUAUUACAGAUCAGCUACUAACCCACAGGGUGCCGAUAAUGAGAACUCAUUACCCACAAUGCUAACCCAAUCAGGUGUUCAGUCACUAACAACCAAGGAAAGCGUCCUGUAUUCUGCUAAAUCAAGUAAAAAUAUUGUGCAAACUCAUACCACUAAUAAUCCUCACAUUUCUUUCUCCAAAUUAAAUAUGAAAGCUGAGGAUACAAAUAGUAAGCUCAUUCACCAUGACAGCAGUCAGGAUUCCAAACAAAGGAGAGUUUCCACUCUUAAAUUAAUCCUUAAAGAAUUCCCUACAAAUAAAACUCAAUCUAAUAUGCACUUUAUUAAGGACAGUGCUCCACUUGCCCCAGCACCACCUCCCACCAUAAUACCAGAGGUCCAUAGGCAAUCACCUGAAAAGCACACAGCUUCUCUGUCAGUGGCGAUAGCUUCCAACCUUGCUACAAAGGCAGAAGAUAAAUCAGAAAGUCACCGACGUUCUACAGCACAUUCUACAGAUAUAUUCAAUGUGCCUGCUGCUUACUAUUCUGGACGCACGGCUGCAAUUCCUUCAGCAACAUGGUCUACAGAGUCCCAAGUGACUCCAGUAACAGUUAAUGGAAGUUCAGGCAGUCCAGCUAGUCCAAUGAGCCAUUAUCAGAGGACUUUUUCUCCAUCUCCAACAUACCCGUCUUCCCGGUCUCUUAACUCCAGCAUCGUGAUGCAGCAUGGUGCCAUCAUGGAUUCCACUGAGUCAUAUUCCCAGCAGUUCCCGUCAGAUGUGAGCAGAAGCAGCAGUACAAUACCAAUAUGCAGGAUUUCAGAGGAAGAAAAGAAAGUCACAGUAAUUAAGGCUCCACACUAUCCAGGAAUUGGUCCUGUUGAUGAGUCUGGAAUCCCAACGGCGAUUAGAACGACGGUUGACCGACCAAAGGAUUGGUACAAGACCAUGUUCAAACAGAUUCACAUGGUUCAUAAACCAGACAAUGACAUGGAUUUUCCUAGCACAGCCUAUGCAUAUAAUACAGAUAAUUACAGUGCAACUCUUCCGACGUUUUCACAUCCUGCUGCGAAGACACAUACAUACCGGCCUCUCUCUAAAAGUGUCUCAGACAAUGGCACUGAUGUAUUCCGAGAGUCGUCCCCUCUUCCUCCUCCUCCUCCUCCUGUUCCUGUGCCUCCUCCAGCUGUGCCUCAUAGACCACGGGAACAAUCCUCUCUUGAUAAGAAUGAAUGGGAACCACCUGACAGAAAAGUAGAUACCCGCAUGUUUCGCUCUGAACCAAGAAGCAUCUUUGAAUAUGAGCCUGGAAAAUCAUCUAUCCUUGAACAUGAGCGGCCGAAUGGGCGCAUUAAUCCAGAUGAGAUAGAUUUAGAAAAUGAGCCAUGGUACAAAUUCUUUUCAGAGCUGGAAUUUGGAAGGCCGCCUCCUAAAAAGAUAUUGGAUUGUUAUCAAGAGAGCCCCCCUCGUGUGCCUACUGAGACCUCAUUGUACCAGCCUUCAAUAGAGAAAGGAAUAGAGAGACCUUCCAGUUCAGCAAGCGACUACAGGAAGAGAAGGAAGUCUGAGCCCAGUGUCAACCACCAGAGAUCCCACAGCGACCAGAAUGCAAACAGAAAUACCCUAAGCCGCAUGGACACCCAGAGCAAAAACACUACCCCAAGAAAACCUUACAUCAACUCUUCUCCUUCUUCUCCCUCAAGGGCAAAAGGUGAUGUUAGCAGAAUGUAUCCACCCCUAUUUACGUACUCAGUUUCCAAACAAAAUGGCUCCAAUGGGUUAGAUUACUGUGGCAGCUACAGUCAUCAUUUAGUGGUACCCAAUGAUAAGGCACGGCCUAUAAACUUUAAGAAUGGCUGGCAGAUGACCCGUCAGAAUGCUGAAGUGUGGAGUAGUACUGAGGAAUCCGCAUCACCAAAAAUAAAGUCAAGGAGCUGCGAUGAUUUGUUGGCAGAGGACCACAGUAUUUUUUGCAAUACCCAGACCAAAUCAGAGAGCAUGGGUUCCCUACUGUGUGAUGAGAAAUCUCCACAGACUAUUCCUUUGGCCUGGGGUAAUUCCUGUGCUUCGAACCAACCCAGGGUUCGUCACAGAUCUGCUCAUGACACGCCUGGUUUCCUAAAACUCUACAAAAAAAUGCAUCGUAUCAAUCGCAAAGAUCUGUUGAGUUCAGAAGUGAUCUGUUCAGUGAAAUCUCGGAUAUUACAGUAUGAACAGGAACAACAAAAUGGCUUAUAUUCAGAGUGGAGGGCCGAUUCAGAAGAGGUGCCCAGAGAUAUGGUUCCAACUAGGAUAUCAGAGUUUGAACAGCUGAUUAAAAAAUCCAAAUCUAUGCCAAAUUUAGGGGAUGAAAUGUUUUCGGCAGUCAGCUUAGACAUUUCUACUAAUAGUUCUUGCCCAAAACGAAGGUUCUCUAUCGAAUCUCUGCUAGACGAAGAAAGCCAAGAAAGGCAUGUUUCUCAGGUACAGCACAAUGGCAAAACCAAAAGCCUUGUGCCGGUACAUAUUGAAGUAACAAGUGAUCAGAUACCCAGGUCAAAUAUGGACUUCUCUGACAGUGACCCUGAUGCUGUUGUUUCAGACCUGAGUGACUUUAUCCAGAUUGAGGGCUCCUCCUUUUGCAGUGAAAGUGAUUUUGACCACUACUCGUUCACAUCUUCUGAAAGCUUUUACGGGUCUGGACAUCAUCACCACCACCACCAUCACCACCACCACCAUCAUCGGCACCUCCUUAGUUCUUGCAAAGGAAGAUGCCCGGCAUCGUACACACGCUUCACCACCAUGCUAAAACAUGAAAGGGCUAAACAGGAGAAAAUCGAGUCUCCAAGGAAACAUGAAUUAGAUUCAGGUCUUUCCAAAAUUGCAUUCCUAGUCAGCCCAGUGCCUUUUCGUAGGAAAAAGAGCGCAACUCCAAAACGACAAACCGAGAAAACAAGAUGUAAAGCUUCUGUGUUUGAAGCACUGGAUUCUGCUCUCCAGGACAUUUGUGACCAAAUUAAAGCAGAGAAGAGACGAGGCAGCUUGCCUGAUAACAGCAUCCUGCACAGACUCAUUAGUGAGCUCCUUCCAGAUGUCCCUGAAAGGAACUCGUCCCUUAAAGCUUUUCCUCUUUCAACUCCGCUGUCUCAAGACGGUGCUAUUCAUUACCCAGUGUUCCGAAAUGAUUGUGAAUCCCCUCCUGACAGUUUGGCCUAUCAGGGCAUGGAUGCUACUAACAACAAUGCCCAAGAAAAUUCUUUCUGUUUUCAAGCUGAUUCAGAGUCUCCCCGCACCUAUUCCUCUGCUUUCACCAAUGUUACCCGAAGCACCGCAAGAAGGGGAGCCCAAGAGAGAGAGCCUGCUCGAGCUGUGUAUGACUUCAAAGCACAGACUCCAAAAGAACUGUCCUUCAGUAAAGGAGAUACAGUCUAUAUUCUUAGGAAAAUAGACAAGAACUGGUAUGAAGGGGAACACCAUGGGAGAAUAGGGAUAUUUCCCAUGUCAUAUGUUGAGAAAAUGACCCUGACAGAAAAAUCUCAGCCAGUGCGCCCCCCACCUCCAGCACAGGCACGAGAGAUUGGAGAGGCAGUGGCCAAAUACAGUUUUACUGCUGACACAAACGUGGAGCUUUCACUCAAAAAGGGUGAUAGAGUUUUGCUUCUUAAGAAAGUUGACCAAAACUGGUAUGAAGGUAAAAUUCUGGGAACUGACAGACAAGGGAUCUUCCCUGUGGCCUAUGUGGAGAUCAUAAAAAAGGCUUUGUCCAAAAGUGCAGGGGAUCCACCCCAUUGUCCAGUACCUCAGAGCACUUCAAGCGACAGGAUACACAAUUCAAGUCCAGCCACAUCGGCUGCAACUAAGAAGCUCCGUACUCCACCUCUUACUCUAAGGCCUGACUCAGCUUCCUGUACAGACAAUAGUAAGGGGAAAUUAGAUGCUGUCACCAGCGAAUGGUUAAAUUUGACUGUUGGCUUUUCACCAUCAACUACACCUGCCCCGACCCUACCACCUUUUCCUGACCAAUUUCUUUCCGAUGCAGAAAAGCCCAGCUCUUUGCCAUUAACUGUAAUCCAGUCGGAACCAUUUAGUUCAAAUAAUUUUACUUCCCGAGUUAAAGAAGGACAUUUUGUUCCCAUAACAUCACCAAAGACCAAUUUGAGUUUUCACCUUCCUGUACCUCCACUUUUUCCUGAUGUUUCCAGUCCCAUAGUUCAGCAGAUUGAAAUCCCUAUAAAGCCUUUGACUAGUAGUGAUAAAUGCCUAAAAGAAGAGACUUUUGUUGCACAGUCAGAUAUACAAGGACUGCAUUGUGGCAAACAAGCCACUGCGACCGUUUCAGACACUUCUAAUGCAUCAGAGCUGGUAGCUGUCGACCCAAUCCACAUAGAGUCCACUACAAACGCUCUGUCACCCAAAAACCUACCAUUGGUGGACGACCAGGAAGAGGAAAUCUGUGAGGAGCUGCUGUCAAUCAUCGAAGGGGGUCAGAUGAAAAGUCAAGAUUCAGGGUUUUAUAGGUGUGAGCCUCACGCAGAGCAACUUCUAAUUCUCCACAUAGAGGAAGAUGGGACUAGCGAAAACUUAAAAGCUCCAGUAAAAAGCAUAACGCAUCCUAUUGCAGGUCAUGAGGAAUGUCCAUCCAGUUCUAAUACAGAGCGCCCGGUGUUUACUCAUGAAAAUAUACAAACCCUCGGCGAACCAUAUCAGUCUUUGUACAACUACACGCCACGCAAUGAAGAUGAGUUGGAAUUGAGGGAAGGAGAUGUGAUCGAUGUCAUGGAAAAAUGUGAUGACGGAUGGUUUGUAGGGACAUCAAGGAGGACUAAAUUCUUUGGAACUUUCCCCGGAAACUACGUGAAGAGGCUGUGAAAAACUGUUUCCGCUGCUUGACACUGCACAUUUAUGAGAGAAUGCUAGGAAGCACGCUUCUGUUUUCUAACCAUUCAAGUGUAAGCCCUGCUGCUGCCUGCCAACAUCAACCAGCAGUAUUAGAGUUCAAUGGACACGUUUCUUGCCAUAGCUCAGUCUAGACCAUCACCACUCAUUAUUCACUUUUAUUGCCUCUUUAUGUCAUUCUGAGCAACAGUUAUUACACUCUAAGAUUAGCAGCUCCACAGGACAAUCUGCCAUCUUGGAUAUAAUGAUAACUACAAUGCCAGGCCUGCUAUGGUGCAGGCUUAAUUGUUAUUAUCUUUAUGUAGGAACAGAGACAUCUAGUUUUAGCCUAAUGUGUAGUUAAUAAAACAUAAGCUUCAAACAGAGAAAAGCUGUUUAGAGGCGGUGAUGUCUUAUGUCCUCAUAUCUCUAAUUUCAUUACAGACCCUGAAACCAGUGAUACAUUAAGUACUUAUUAAUGUGUAUAAAGCAUCACUAUCACUAAUCAGUAAGCCCAAAACUUCCCCAAAAUGACAUCUUUCAUUUCUUUUAACCUGUAUAUAAACACUAAUCCUGUCAUUGAUGAAGUCACUAAAAACUACAGUGGCCCGUAAUUUUCUUAGCAACGGGUUGUCAGGCAAUAACAAUGAACGCAGCAAUCUGAUUGGUUGCCAUGGGUUACUCCUUUCUGAGUUAUUGGGCAGGGACAUCUGAAAUACAGCUAUCAUUAAAAAUUCUGCAGGUCUGUAAUAGCAAGACCUAUUGCAUUGGCCAUGCAUCAUCACCUCUUCUUGAAACCUGAAUGCAGAAUGAUAACAAAGUUCUAUAAAACAGAACCCAUGGGAAUAUGAGACAGUGGGGCUCAUUUAACAACACUGGACAAAUCUGCCCAUGGGCAGUACCUAUAGCAACCAAUCAGUGAUUAGCUUUUUGAAACCAGCUGCAAGUAGGACAAUGAAUGCAGCAUUCUGAUUGGUUGCCAUGGGUUACUGCCCAUGGGCAAAUUUGCCCAGUGUUGAUAAAUGAGCCCCAGUGUCUUGUUAGGGUAGAGCUACAUGGGCGACUUUGGUGCGUUUCCGGCAGAUCCAACGUGCUGCGUCAAAACGCAGGCGUUAAAUCGGAUGCAACGGAGAAUAAGGUAAGCAAUAGCAAUGUCGGAUGGUGUUGCAUCGUAGAAUGCUGCAUGCUGCGUCUGCAUCCGAC